CCGCCGCUGGCCAUGGACAAGAAGGAUCUGCAGAACCUCGUCUGCGGCGGCAUCGCUGGCUGCGCGUCCCGCACGGCGGUGGCUCCGCUGGAGCGGCUGAAGAUCCUGCUGCAGGUGCAGGACUACAUCAAGAAGGACGGCGCGGCAGCGGGCGGCUCCUCUCCAGUCAAGUACCGCACCAUCGGGCAGUCUCUGCGGCAGAUCCACGCGGAGGAAGGGCUGCGUGGCUUCCUGAAGGGCAACGGCGCCAACUGCGUGCGUGUGUUCCCGUACGUAGCCAUCCAGUUCGCCGCCUUCGAGCGUCUCAAGCCGCUACUGAUCUCCGACGGCGCUGAGACGCUCAGUCCGUUGCAGAAGCUCUUCGGCGGCGCUGUUGCUGGCGUCGUGUCGGUCUGCAUCACGUACCCGUUGGACGCUGCGCGUGCCCGCCUGACCGUGCAGGGAGGUCUGGCCAACACGGCGCACACCGGCAUCCUCAACACCUUGUCGACUGUCGUGCGAACCGAAGGACUGCGCGGUGUCUACCGCGGCGUUCUGCCUACUAUUUGGGGCAUCGCGCCCUACGUAGGACUCAACUUCACCGUGUUCGAGACGCUCCGUAAUACGGUGCCUCGCAACGAGAACGGUGAGCCGGAUGCCAUGUAUCUGCUGGCAUGCGGAGCUCUAGCUGGAGCUUGCGGCCAGACCGCCGCGUACCCCAUGGACAUCCUCCGCCGUCGGUUCCAGCUGAGUGCCAUGCGCGGUGACGCGACCGAGUACACGAGUACGCUGGGAGGUCUGCGCACGAUUGUCCGCGAGGAAGGCGUCCGGGGGCUGUACAAGGGCCUCGCCCCGAAUUUCAUCAAGGUGGUGCCAUCGAUCGCCAUCAUGUUCACUACGAAUGAGCUGCUUAAUAAGCGCGUCAUCAAGAAAUACGAGCUGUGACCAAGGACGUCUCGUGGAAAUAGAGCAAACGUGCGCUUUAAAAUACGUACAUGAGUGUUU